CAAAAGUCAGUGAGAGAGAGAGAGAGAGAGAGAGAGAGAGAGAGAGAGAGAGAUCAGUUGGAAGUGAAAGUGAAAGUCAGCAGGUUGUUUUAGUGAAGAGUAAAAACAUGAAGUUCUUUGUGGAAUAAAAUCACAGAUCCAGUUAUGUUUAUAAUAUAAAACAUUUGACUUUUUGUUAUAAUGUCUCGGGAGUGUGAGAAACUCCAGACCUCUGAAAUGAGUCUACAAGAGGAGAAGCACAAGAGUGGGACUGAGGAAAGGCCAGACUCCCCUGUGUCCAGCUGUGUGUCUCUCAAGAGUGACCAAUCAAUGGUAAUCCCUCUCCACUUUACAGGUGGAACAUCCUCUAUGGAAAGUGGAUCUGAGGAAAGGCCAGACUCCCCUGUGUCCAGCUGUGUGUCUCUCAAGAGUGACCAAUCAAUGGUAAUCCCUCUCAACUUUACAGGUGGAACAUCCUCUAUGGAAAGUGGACCCGACAAAAGGCCAGACUCCGCUGUGUCCAGCUGUGUGUCUUUCAAGAGUGACAAAUCAAUGGUAAUCCCUCUCAACUUUACAGGUGGAACAUCCUCUAUGGAAAGUGGAACUGAGAAAAGGCCAGACUCCCCUGUGCCCAGCUGUGUGUCUUUCAAAAGUGACAAAUCAGUGCCAGUCUCUCCCAGCAUUAAAGGUGGAUCAUCCUCUAUGAAAAGACGGAAUUCCUCCUCAGCUAAGCAUCUAACUAGCACUGACAAAAUUGGAGAAAUGCACUUUAAGGAAAGAGACGACCCUGAGAAAGCAUUUUUAAGAAGUCUCAAUUUAGAUAAGAAGAUUAAAGACUUCCUUCACAACAUCUUUACAGAUCUUGAGAAUAAAAUGAUUGUAUUUAUAAAACAUGAGCUGGAGAUGUUUAAGAAAUUUCUAAGAAAAGAAAACACAAAGUAUUACCAAGAUGUGAAGGAUGAUCUGCGGAGUAUUAAAGAAGCAGCUCUUGAUAUGGCAUUGUACUUUCUGAAGUUGAUGGAACACAAUGACCUCGCUGAUGCACUCCAAGAUUCACAGAUAGGAGUUCAGCAGCGUGCACUCAAAUCAAACCUGUGUAAGAAGUUUCAACAUGUGUGUGAAGGAAUUGCAAAGCAAGGAGAGUCCAACAUUCUCAACAAGAUCUACACAGAUCUGUACAUCACUGAAGGUGGAGUUCAACAAAUGAAUGAACAACAUGAAGUGAGACAAAUUGAAAAGCAAAAAACUAGUGUGAAAGCUGAAGAAAAUGAAAUGGAACAAGAGGAACAAAUUGAAUGCAAGAACAUGUUCACACCAUCACCUGGAGAAGAAAAACCCAUCAGAACUGUGGUGACACAGGGGGUCGCUGGUAUCGGAAAAUCCAUCUGUGUGCAGAAGUUUGUUCUAGACUGGGCUGAAGGGAAAGAAUAUCAGGACAUCAAGUUCAUAUUUCCACUGCCUUUCAGAGAACUGAACCUGAAAGAAAAAGAAAAAUGCAGCUUGAGGGACGUCAUCUCUCAUUUUUUUCCAGAAACAAAAGGAAUGAGAUUCACAGACAGGUAUAAAGUCAUGUUCAUCUUUGAUGGCCUGGAUGAGUGUCGACUUCCUCUAACAUUCCGUAAAAACCAGAAGUGGACUGAUGCAUCAAUGCCAGCCUCACUGGACACUAUAAUGACAAACCUCAUUGAAGGAAAUCUGCUUCCAUCUGCUCUCAUCUGGAUAACCACUCGACCAGCAGCAGCUGCUAAGAUCCCUGCUGAACAUGUGGACCGGGUCACAGAGGUGCGUGGCUUCAAUGAUGUACAAAAGGUGGAGUACUUCAGGAAGAAAAUCAGUGAUGAGAGUCUGGCCAACAGAAUCAUUGGUCAUAUUAAAGGAUCAAGAAGCCUCUUCAUCAUGUGUCAUAUUCCAGUCUUCUGCUGGAUUUCAGCCACUGUACUUGAGGGGAUUUUGGGAAGAUCAGACAGUGAAGACAUUCCACAGACUCUGACGGAGAUGUACACAUGUUUUCUGAUCUUUCAGACCGUACAGGAGAACAAGAAAUACAAUAGAAAUAAUGCCUCAGACAUUCCAUGGGAUAAAGAGGGAAUUCUUUCAUUGGGAAAGCUUGCCUUUAGUCACCUGGAAAGAAACAACCUGAUUUUCUAUGCAGAAGAUCUAAAAGCCUGUGGAAUUGACUCCAGUAACCUAGCAGUGUACUCAGGAGUGUGCACUCAGGAGACUGGCAGAUUUCUAGGCACAGUUUUCAGCUUUGUGCAUCUCAGCAUUCAGGAGUUCACUGCUGCUUUGUUUACAUAUGUAUGUGUCCGAAAUGAAAACAAGAAUGUUUUUGAUCAAUCAGAAGAGAGCAAAGAAACAAAACUUAUUGAUUUACUAAAGAUUACAGUGGACAAAGCUUUGGAGAGUGACAAUGGACACUUGGAUCUUUUCCUCCGCUUCCUUCUGGGCCUCUCAGUGGAGUCUAAUCAGAAGCUCAUUCGAGGUCUACUGACACACACAGGAAGCAGCUCUGACUGCCGAAAGGACAUAGUUAAAUACAUCAAGUUAAAGUUUGAUCAAAAUCCAUCUCCAGAGAGAUUAAUCAAUCUGUUCUACUGUCUGAACGAGUUAAAUGAUGAUUCACUGGUGAAAGAGAUCCAAAGCUACAUGAACUCAGGUCGUCUCUCUGAAGCUGGACUCUCACCUGCUCAGUGGUCUGCUCUGGUCUUUGUGUUGCUGACAUCAGAGGAGGAUCUGGAAGUGUUUGACCUACAGAAGUUUAUAAGAACAGAUGAAUGCUUUAAGAGACUGCUGCCAGUUUUCCAGGAAGCCAAAAAAGCUCUGUAA